AUGGGGAAGGUGCCCUUACUGGUUUUUGUGGCUUUUGAUGGUCAAAAUAUUUUUGAGGUCUCUUUCCUCUUUGAGUUCUUUGGUAUACAUUUGAUCUAUAAUAGCCAUAUGGUUCAGGAUGAUAAGACAUAUACGACUGAUGAGUGUAUUGAGGUACAGGUCUUCUUUUCGUCAUGUAUUAAGCCUGAGGUUGAUGGUGGACGUUAUGAUGACUGGGAGUCUCAUCUUGAGCAGGAGGGUGAUGUUGAUUAUGACAGUGUGGGUGUGGAUCUGGUCGAAGAAAUGCCUGCAGAUAGUGGUUAUCUGGCAGCACAUUUAGCCUCUUUCUAUGAACGGGCAGGUAAAGUGAAGUGCCUUGGUUCUCCAGAAUGCACUGGUAGUGUCACAAUUGUUGGUGCUGUUUCUCCUCCAGGUGGAGAUUUCUCAGAUCCUGUGACAUCCGUGACCCUCAGUAUUGUUCAGUUUCAUUGGAUUGUUUGGCAUUCUCACAUAUCCUUCCCCGCAUUCCAGGCCUUGGAGUCUUUCUAUGAGCAAUUUGAUUCAGAUUUUAUCGGAAUCAGGACAAAAGCACGUGAGGUGUUGCAGAGAGAAGAUGACCUGAAUGAAAUUGUCCAACUUGUGGGCAAAGAUGCUUUGGCAGAAACAGAUAAGAUUACCUUGGAGACUGCUAAACUUCUGAGGGAGGACUACCUUGCCCAGAAUCCAUUUACCCGAUACGAUAAAUUUUGCCCAUUUUACAAGUCGGUUUGGAUGAUGCGCAACAUUAUCCAUUUCUCCAAUUUGGCCAAUCAGGCCGUGGAGCGAGGUGCUGGCAUGGAUGGGCAGAAAAUAACAUACAGUCUUAUCAAACACAAGGUGGGAGAUCUCUUUUACCGAUUAGUGUCUCAGAAAUUUGAGGAUCCAGCAGAAGGGGAGGCUGCUCUGGUGGCAAAAUUUAGUAAGGUACAUGAAGAUCUGACUGCAGGUUUCCGCAACCUCGAGGAUGAAACUCGAUGAUCAAGUAUCUCGACUUGGUUUUGUGUAAAUCAUUUCUCAGUGGAAAUGCUGAUCUGCAGCUAGGACACUGGUCUCUUUCGGCAUUUGUAACAUGCCUGAGCCACACUAUGAUGGGUCCAUGUUGUGGUGACUUUUGUAGUCAGCGUUUGUGCAAUGUGUUUAAAUUAAAUUUGGGUGUGCUUUCUCUUUUUGCCUAGAAUAGUUGUUUAUCUAGAAUAAGAGACACUGUUUAAUUCAUAUAUGAUGUCCUUGUAUUUUAGAUAUGGUUCAGUUCAUAGAAUCUAAAUCUGUUUGCACAAAAUGGCGUCAGUGAAUUCAGUUCUCAAAGAAUCUUGUGUGGUGACCAUUGUUUAUC